AUGUUCUCAAAUUUUUCAAAGGAUGAUUUUGAAGAGUAUUGGUCAGAGAUGAUUAAAGAAAAUGGAGUUGAAGGACAUCCUUGGGUUAUCAAAACCUACGAGAACAAGUUACUAUGGGCAACUGCAUACCUGCGGGAUAAGUUUUUUGGACGUAUAAGAACUACGUCUCAAUGUGAAGCAAUCAAUGCAAUAAUAAAGAGUUAUGUCAGAAAGAAAGGAUGCAUCUUUGAAUUUAUGCAAAAUUUUGAGCAGGCUCUAAGAGGCUACAGAAACAAUGAACUUGUUGAAGAUUUUAAGUCAAAGUUUUCAGAACCUGUGUUGACAACUCAACUACGUUUGAUUGAGAGCAAUGCCGCUAAAAUCUAUACAGCGGAGAUUUUCAAAGAAGUGAAAGAAGAAAUUAUGAAGGCCGGUGAAUUGAUUGUUAAGCAUAAAAAGGAAAUUGGAGAUACUAAGUUUUAUACUUUGACUAAAUAUUGUCGGGAUGUGUAUGAAAGAACAGUUGUUUACGAUGGUGAUACAUUCCAAUGUUCGUGCCGGUUGUUUGAUUCUCGUGGACUUCCUUGUUCUCAUAUUUUUCACGUGAUGAAGGAAGAACAUGUUGAUCACAUUCCUAGCACUUUGGUAUUGUCGCGAUGGACCAAGGAUGCUAAAAUUGAUUAUUUGAACAUGGUGGAUGUUAAUGAUCCAGUUGAUUCCGAUGUGAUUGAGCUUGCCCGUUUUGGUGCAUAUUGUUCUGUUCUGACAUCAUUUUGCAAAGAAGCUUCUAAAAAGAAUGGUGUGUAUGGUGACAUUAUGGAUGACCUCAUGAAUUUAAAAAAAAAAUAUUGCAGUGUUGAGGAUCCUAUUGGAACACAAAAGUCAGUUGUUGGUGAUCCUAUCCCGGUUCAGAGUAAAGGUGCUCCAAAGAAAAAAAAGAAUGACGCAAAAGCUCUCAGGCAUUGUACUCAUUGCAAGAGUACAACUCAUAAUGCGAGGACUUGUUCGAAAAAGAAGAAAUGUGCAGAGCAACCGAAAGACCUUUGCGAAAGUAGUGUGGCACCAAAAAAGAAGAAAUGUUCAGAGCUACCGAAAGAUCGUUGUGAAAGUAUUGUGCAAAAGAAAAAUAAAUGUUCGGUGCAACUGAAAGAGCGUGGCGCUAAUGUGUCAACACCAACACAUAUUGAUGUUACUAGUGCGACCGGGCAAUUCACUCCGAUUUAUGGAUUUCAACAUAUGAUUCCUAUGUUACAACCGGUUAUGCAACAGAUGCACGUACCAUCUGGACAACAUGUUCCACCUGCACAACAUGUAACUUCUGUACCACAUGUACCACCUAUAUACCAAAUGUAUGGAAUGAAUGUUGGUGCAAAUUCAACUUCGUGUUAUGGUCUGUUACAACAGGUGAUGAAAUCUGCUGAUGGACAACAAUGA